AUGGAGAGAUACACCCCCUCCGAAUCAGCUAAUCCCAUACUUCCUAUCACCAAUUCCAACAACGACGACCUUCCUAAUCCUUUGUCGUCAUCGUCUGUUUCUCGACCUCAGUGGCCAACCGUUGACGGACCACUGGGACUCUCGGAGCAAGACUCGAUCGUCUACGCUCGCAGGUUCUUCAAGUUGGGGUUCUUUCUCCUUCCUUGGCUUUGGGCCGUCAAUUGCUUCUACUUUUGGCCUGUUCUUCGUCACUCCCGUUCUUUCCCCCAACACCGUCGCUCCAUUACUCUUCAGUAUGCAUUGCCUUGCCAUUUUAGAAUGCUUUUUAGUUUUUCCAAUCUUGGUCUUGAGUGGUGCUUGAUGAAUUCAACUUCAAUUGGCAUAAGGGAAAGGUCUUCAUACAUAAGGAUUAGCAGUCUCGGUGGCUGUCAGUUUUCUCCUUUCUUAUUUAGAAGCAUUUCUGAUGAUUCUGACAUCAGACUGCAAUUUUUAAAAACAGUUGUAUGGGUGAAUGAGCGUGGACUCCAGGUGUACUGCAUCUGGACCUUGUUAGCUGCUGCGUAG